AUGGCCCGCGAGCUGAGCCAGGAGGCACUGCUGGACUUCCUGUGCCAGGCUGGGGGCCGAGUGACCAACGCCGCCUUGCUGAGCCACUUCAAGAGCUUCCUCCGAGACCCCGACGCGCCCCCGAGCGAGCACCAGCGUCGUCGCGAGCUCUUCAAGGGCUUCGUCAACUCGGUCGCCGCAGUGCGCGUGGACCCCGACGGCACCAAGUGCGUGGUGCUCAAGAGGAGGUACCGGGACCUUCUGGGCGAGGAGGGGUUGCAACGACCCCGCGAGCCGCCUGCGGCCGCCACCCCUGAAAGGGAAGCUGCGCCCCGGGGGCCGCCGCAGCCCAAGAGGCGACAGCGGCGGCGGCGCGAGAGGGAGCCGGAGGCGGAGCCAGCAGGUGCCGCAGUCCGAGCGGCCGACGCCGGGUGCAAUGGCCUCCCGGCCAGCGGUACCCGGCAGCAGGAGCCCGGGGAAAGCGGCGGAGGGCGGCGGGGCAGCCCGGGAUCCGGGGCCGCUGCCCAGGUCGCGGUCAGGUGUGCCGCGGCCGAGACGCAGGGCCGCUGCUGCUGGGAGUGCCUCCAAAACGGCCUGGGAGCGCUCCCGGGAGAGCCUCCGCCACAGCCCGGCGCGCUGCCGGAUCCCGCCACCGCAAGCCCGGGGACACUGCGGACGUCGCCUGUCCCGGAGCAGCGCGGGACUCCUCCGGCGCCGCCGCGCUCGCCUGCCGCCCCCGUCGGGGCUGCUGGCCGCCGGCCGUCCCCGCCGGUUCUACAGCAGGGCCCGGACGCCGCCGUGGAACCGCCCGAGCCGCUGAGCGCCGGCUCCCCGCAUCUUUCGACCUUGGAACUGCAGCGGCGGCGCACCCGCGAGUGGGUAGCCAAACACCCACAGAGACCAGAGGAGCGGGCUCCGGGUCCCGUGCGGGCUUGGUCGGUGCUGCCAGAUGACUUCCUGCAGCCGGCGUCGGAGUCCAGCUCUGCGCCGUCGGCUAAAGAUCCCUCGCUUUCCUCUCCUGGCCACAUGACUGCAGUUCCCGAUGAGGCCUCCGAGUCCCGGCUUGGGGACCCUCCUCCGCUGAAUGUGUUUCGCAGCAUUCGUUGUCAGCUGUCGCUCCAGGAUUUGCAUGAUUUCGUGGACCAGGACAGUCACGGUAGUGAGGAGAGCAGCAGUGUGCCCAAGGACUCCCCGGGGGGUUCCGAGGAGGGGCUGCCCAGGAAUCCAGCCCAGCACCUUACUGGGUCUUUCAAGGCCACGGGCAGCCCGGGCCACAGCCCACAGGGCCUCUACGAAAGAGAGGCAGGUCACUCCUCCCAGCAGGUUCCUGCCACUGCCCCGGCUAAUGGCCUUGCAGAACAGCCAGCGCCCAAGCUCAGGCGGUCCCUCCGCAGGAACUCUCGGGCAGGCAGAACCACCCUGUCAUCCUCGGAUGAGGAGUACCCUGGGGAGGAGCGGCCGCCGAAGAGCCGUCGCCCACCUCGGGCCCGGAAGCCCUCCAGGGCAGGACUGGCAUCCAGCCCCCGGGUGGACACUGCAUUGACCUUCAGACUCGCAGAACUCAGGCCAGCUGUGGUCGAGAAGGGCCAGGCGCACAGUGUGCAGAGGUCUGCAUCCUGGGUGCCCCACAGAACUGAGCACAAGCCUCUGUCCCUGGUACCCCUUGAAGCCCGGGAGCACCAGUGGAUCGUGAUGCUAGCCUGCGGCUCUUGGGACAAUGUACUGGCUUUGUUCCAGGAGGAUCCACAGCUGGCUUUGCACAAGGACUUCCUGACCGGCUACACGGCCCUGCACUGGAUAGCCAAGCAUGGCACCCUGUGGGCUCUGCAGAAGUUGCUUUUAGAAGCACACAAAGCGGGGGUUGCUCUGGAUGUCAACGUCAGGUCCAAUUGUGGGUACACCCCACUGCACCUGGCAGCCAUUCACGGCCACCACGGGGUCAUCAAGAUGCUGGUGCAAAGGUUGGCUUCCCGGGUAAAUGUGCGGGAUUGCAGUGGGAAGAAGCCCUGGCAGUACCUGACCAGUAACACCUCUGGGGAGAUCUGGCAGCUUCUAGAAGCCCCUCGGGGCAAGCCCAUUUUCCCCGUGUCUCCUUUGGUGCACAUUUCUUCCCCUUCCCGGAAGACCAAGAGCCGGGACGUGGCUAGGAAUGUCACCCGCAAGACCUCCUUGGCUGCGCUCCUCAAGAGUCAGCACAACAAAUGGAAGUUGGCCAACCAUCACGAGAAAUUCCCAGCUGCCAGGGAAAGAGAAGAGUACAGUGACUGAUGCCCCUGCUCUCAGGUGCCAUGGACACAGCCUCUUCCUCGAGCUACUCAGGGAACU